UGGACAAACAGCAGCAGAGAUUGCGCAGCGAUGCGCCUCUUGAGGUGAGGGUGAGGGCGCAGGCAGCCACCAUGGCUGAGUCAGAUCCCCCUCACCCACAAAGCGGCGUGACGCCGUGUUGUCGACGUCUGGUGCCGCCUUGCCAGCAGAAUCAUGCUGCUGGUUCGCCGCCAGUCCUCCCCCAGGCGUGGGGAUGGCAAAGGCGAAGGCGGAGAGGGCGGCUUUGGAGACUGUCCAUCAUGGUGCUUCUGAUCAUCAUGUGGGGGGACAUCGGCUGUGCGCCGCCUGCUGCCGAACAGGAGGUAGGGAAACUCGCACACAGAGCGGCUUCCGCGACGCCAUCCGGCUCAAAGGAUGCAGCCCACUUCGACUACAUAGUGGUACAAUGCGGCACAAAACGAACAGACAGACACACAUCAGACGAGUCCUCUCUCUGACACACAGGUGGGUGGCGGUGCAGCUGGUAUCCCCCUGGCCUUCACGUUGGCUGAGGGCGGGAAGACUGACGUGCUGCUCAUCGAGAGGGGCGGCAGGCGGGAGGACCAUCCAGACACACUGACUCCCGCCGGAUGGGGGGUGGCGCUGCGCAAGCCAGACGUCGCACAGCACAUCCGGACACUAGAUAAUGUGGCUACGCAUGUUUCCAAUGUGCUCUCGGGCGGGACAGCAUUGAAUGCGGGCAUCCAGAUAAAGGAGCUAGCGGACUAUUAUCAAUACCUGGAGAGGUUCGGGGCCUCGUUCGACAUGCAGCUCGUCAACGAGGUGAGAGAGUGAGAGGCCCAAGAGGCAUUCAACCGUCCAAUCACUGUGGAGUAUGCGUGUGUGUGCAGUCGUACUCCUGGAUCUUUGACCAGACCUCUCAACCAAUGGGAUGGAACGAGCCGUGGACCUCGGCAGUCCAGCACGCACAGGAGACUGUCGGCUUCACCCCACACCACGACGCAUGCGAGCACCUCACCUACGGCACCUUCACCACAUUCUCACUCUUCGAGGAUGGGUUGUCGCCCUACCGCAAGCGACUCGCUGCGGACGUGCUGCUCAACGGGACCCUCGCUGACCCGCCCGGUGUGCCCAGUGGGCUGGAGGUCAUGCUGCGCAAGACCGUCACACGCAUCCUCUUUGACACGAGCGGCGAGCUGCCUCGUGCCACCUGUGUGGAGUUCGUCGACUCGCCAGAGGUGCUGGAGCCCAUCGACUCUUUUGCCAACGCGGGACUGUCAAAGAAAGGAGGAAACCCGAGUGGCGCGUCAAAAAGGCAAGAUGGAGACGUGGGAAGGGCGUGUAUCAGGCCUGGCGGCGAGGUCUUCCUGUCAGCCGGUGCCAUAUUCACCCCCCACCUCCUGAUGAACAGUGGCGUGGGACCCAAGGAGGUAGUCAGCAGAGUGAUGGCUAACAAGGGUGGGGAGGUGGUGAAAGACAUCCCCGAGUUGGGUCAGAAUCUGCACGAGCGGAUAUGGACUGCCGUGAUGGUGUUCCUCGACCACGACAUUCCUGCCGACGGGCACAACGCCACACUCGGCACCACCAGCGGCUUCCAAAUCGCCGGGGCACAUUGUCCCAGUGACUUUGGGUGAGUGAGUGAGUGAGAAAUGCGGCACUGCCAAGCGAAAUGACCUCAUUGUGAUUGUCUUCCUUCUUGUGUUGUGUUGUAUGGCUACAUACAGCAUGGGCGAUGUGAGUUUGGAUUGCACCUACGUCAACAGCGAGGAAGGGUCGGGCGUCAGCGCCGUAGACCUGUCCAUCGUCGUACGGGUAUUCUUCCCACCAGCCCUCCGCAAGGCACCGUAAGCACCACACAUUAACCCACCGCAUGUGUGGCGAUUUGCUUGCCUGCGGGCGGCCAUCCAUCGAUGCGUUCGUUCAGUGAGACGGACUUCCUUGUGGCAGUGAUUGAGGAGUGCCUCGACAACAAAGACAGCAUCCUGUGUGCACCGCUCAAACCCAUGUUUGAUUGCUUCAGGUGGGUGUGGACACACUCACAAAAACUGACUGCACCAACUAAGGGUGAAACGCAAUGCAUUGCACUGCUGCUGCUGCUGGCUGUGGCCUUUGUUUUUGAUGCCUGCAGAAGGGUGGCAGGGUUCAUGACCUUCCCUCCGGUGCCCAAGUCGCGGGGCAACAUCACCGUCAACGAGAAUGGCGAGCCCAUCAUCUACGGCAACUACUUCAGCGACAAGGACGGAGUCGACCUUCACUCGGCCGUCGUGGGCCUCACACACACCAUACGCGUGAGUGGGGCUUCUGGGCGGAAGGCCACAACACACACACCAUGGCAUGUACCGCACCCAUGCAAUACUGUAUGACGGUGUUUUGACUGGUGUGUUGGUGCAGAUGCUGGGCACAGGCCACUUGGACGGCGUCAUUCAGAAGCGAGGGCCCCUCUCGUGUCCGGCUCACAUGCUCAACCAGGUGCUCGAGAUGAUCCUCGUCGCAUCACGGCCCCUCACGGGCCUCCCCAUCACCGACGAGACCCUCCCCUCCCUGGCCGCCUUCCUGGAAGCCAUCACGCAGAGAGGCUCCCGAGACAACCACCGCGUCGUAGGGACCCCCCAAGAGGUCCAGGAUCUCCUAUUCGCCCGCUACCUGCAUCGGAAGCGGGAUGCCGUCAUGGGGAUGCGGGCAUUGUCUGAAGAUGAGCUGGGGGUCGGCCGUGAGGAGGCCGCUGAGUGGCUGGGGGAGAGGUCCAGCGUCGCCAGAUGGCUGAGGCAACGACUCCAGGAGGCCAAGGAGCCACCACACCCUGCCGCAGCGGUACGCAAGCGAAACGCAGGCGGAGUAGUGAUGCACGCCUCCUGUUCGUCUGCCUGCAGGAGGGUGUGCGGCUGCAAAAGGCGGCGUGCGAGUCGGACCCCCAUGGCGACGUGUGUGUGAAGGGGCAGCUUGAAGCAGCACGGCAGUUUGCUGUGGUGCCUCCGCUGCCAAGAGGUCAGCCAGUCAAUUGACUGCACCACAGGCAACACAGCAGACAAGACAUGUAUCCGGAUUGGUGUGCGUGCGUUCAGACGCGACGGAUGUGAGGCAGCUGGAGGAGUUUGUCAAGGGACAUGGCACAGGGAUUUGGCAUUGGGUGGGUUCGGCGUCGAUGGGCACUGUGGUGGACAGUGAAUUCCGUGUCAAGGGCAUCGAUUCCCUCUCCAUAUGCGACGCCUCGGUCCUACCACAGGCACGCUGGCUACACAAAACACCUCACACCUCACACCUCACACCUCACACCUCACACAGGGCUGGCGACGUGUGAGUACACACACAUGUCUCUCCUUCCUCCGUUGCCAUCCAUGAUCGACAUCAAUGUCUGUCUGUCUGUCUGUCCGUCUGCAGGUGACGCGCAUGAACGUGCAGGCGUGCAUUCUCAUGCUUGGCCGAUACGCGGGCGUGCUCCACAAAAGGAGGAACAAACAGGACUAAGUGAUGAACACCCGUCAAUAUCCUUUCUAGCUGGAUCAGUCAGCUAUUCUUCGCCACGGAGGUCUGUCUGUAUGCGUGUAAAUGUGUGGGUGGUGUGUGCAGCUAGGC